AAUUUUCUUGAUUAGCUUAUAUUAAAGCAACCAUUUUUAUUCUCGAAUUAUACUAGAAUUUAUUCCUUUUAAAAAUUUCAGCAUGAGUUUUAAACCCUACAGUAUUUGUUUUUUCAUAAAAGGAACAAAAAACAGUCUAGCAACUACUUGGGAUCAAUGAGUUUAUUUAUAUUUUAUGUAAACAAAGCAAAAUUUUUUUCUCUUUCGACUUUUGUUGAUCCCAUAUUUGGAAAGUGAUUUGUUAUUUUUUAUUUUCUCAGCAUCGGAAAAGAAUUUCCAUUUGUUCUUUUACAUAGUGCGGAUGGAAUCCGUAGUGGGUGUUAUAUGCAUAUGUUCUUUGUAUUUAGUGAUUUUUCCAUGGCGGAUUCUUUCUAUAGUUCUUAGAUUUGAUACUAAUGUUACGUACGGGCUUUAUUUUUGCUUCAAAGUAUAGGAAUUGUUUACUUUGCUUUCUCAUGGGUUUAUUUAUUUAUUUAUUUUGCAUUUUAAUUUUUUCUAAGACAUAAAUAAAUGCAAAGUUAAAUCCUAAUAUCAUAAUACUUAUAUACAAACUAUUAUUCUGUUUUAAAGAGAUUUAGAGGCUUAUUGUGGGUUAUGUUGUAACGAUCUAAAACGUUUCUAUUUUAGUUCCAUGUGAGGAGUAUUGAAUGUUGUUGCUGCUAAAACUACUGUAACGGUGCUUGGAAAAUUCUCUUCUCAAAAGAAGUUUUUGAGAGCCAUCUUAAAGUUUGGAUCUUUUUAUCUUGUCGUGCUGGUGAAAAUUUUUGCUUUUUGAUGAUUGAAAUGACCAGUAGCUUUGUAUAUUAUGAGGAUAAUAAGGCAACUAUAUUUUGAUAAUUAUUAUGUGGUAGAUAGAUUAAAAUGUAGAAUAUCACUUUUCCCUGUAGAAAAGUGGAUUGUCACAUCGCAUGAACUGGUGUUGAAUGUGAGUUUCAAUUCUUGGGCUAUCUGUAGGGACCAUUGCUUUAGGGAGGGUUUACUGCUUUGCUUCCAUCCUUUCCAAGAUUAUUCCCUUACAUUUUCAUAGGCUGGUGUACAAUUUGUCUCACUUGAUUGGUCUUGCAUUUUGCACAUUCCAGCCCAAACAUGUGAGUUGUCUUUGGUAGUCCUGCAAAUUAAAUGUCUCUGUUGCAAUGCUUAUAGCUUUUGUAGUGACCAAAACAUCCCCUGGAGUUAAGAUGACAUAAAAAACUGUUUAUGCCACCAUACCAACAGUAAUGAUGUGAGUUCAGUUUUAUGUAUUCUCGGUUGUAGUAAAAGUGAUGUGAGAGUUUUGGUUAUCAUGGGAUUAUAUUGUGGCUGUACACUCUCCCCUUGAGCCUGCAUGGAUUAAUGGGGACUUAGCUACUGUUUUAUAUAAUUUAGAAAACGUUGCUCAUUAAGAAAUAGCAUAGUAUUUAACUUUUUUUUUUUUGGAAACACUGCAUACAAAGUUCUUAACACCCCCUUUGGUAAGAAAGGAAGAAAGAGGAAAGAAAGGGAAAAGUAUUAAUCUAAUUAAAACUUUUUCCCUCCCACCAAACGAGCCUAAGAGAGGGAGAGACACAGAGAGAGAGAGAGAGCCUUAUAUCCUUUGAUGAUAUUUACCGAAUGUUGAAUUAUAUCAUGUUAUCAGGCUUAAAUGAAAUCCGAGUUCUUUUAAAAAAAGAGAGAUGAAAGUAUCACUUUGGGGGAUAUAUCUGAUGUGAGCAGGUUGUAUUUCUGAAACACUGUGAGCCUAUGGAAACCAAUGGUCAAAGGAGAGUGAGAAGGGAUCAUCUUGUUCAGGAAAAUGGAAAUACUGGUUUAUCAUUUUCUGUCGAUGAACUAGAUCCGUGGACUGCAUGGGCGUACAAACCUCAUACUAUUUCAUUAUUAUUUAUUGGUGCAUGCUUUCUUAUUUGGGCAAGUGGAGCCCUUGAUCCUGAGAGCAGCGAAUAUGGUGAUCUUGUAACAUCUGUAAAAAGGGGUGUAUGGGCAAUGAUUGCAGUUUUUCUUGCUUAUUGCUUGCUGCAGGCUCCUUCUACGGUCCUUAUUCGUCCACAUCCUGCAAUUUGGCGUUUAGUUCAUGGAAUGGCUGUUGUUUACCUUGUUGCACUCACAUUUUUGCUUUUUCAGAAGCGUGAUGAUGCUAGGCAGUUCAUGAAGUUUCUCCAUCCCGACCUUGGUGUUGAGCUUCCAGAAAGAUCCUAUGGUGCUGAUUGUCGCAUAUAUAUUCCUGAAAAUCCCUCUAGCAGGUUUAAGAAUGUUUAUGAAACGCUAUUUGAUGAAUUUGUUCUAGCCCACAUCUUUGGUUGGUGGGGCAAGGCCAUUUUAAUCCGCAAUCAGCCACUUCUCUGGGUUCUAUCAAUCGGGUUUGAGUUUAUGGAGUUUACCUUCCGACACAUGCUACCCAACUUUAAUGAGUGCUGGUGGGACAGCAUUAUUCUUGAUAUUUUGACGUGUAAUUGGUUUGGUAUUUGGGCUGGAAUGCAUACCGUUAGGUACUUCGACGGCAGAACGUAUGAGUGGGUUGGUAUAAGUCGCCAACCUAACAUCAUUGGCAAAGUGAAACGAACAUUAGGACAAUUUACACCAGCACAGUGGGACAAAGAUGAAUGGCAUCCCCUGCUUGAUCCGUGGCGAUUCAUUCAAGUUCUCAGCCUUUGCGUUGUCUUCUUGACAGUAGAACUUAAUACAUUCUUUUUAAAGUUUUGUCUCUGGAUUCCUCCUCGAAACCCUGUUAUUGUGUAUAGGUUGAUCUUGUGGUGGCUAAUAGCAAUACCAACAAUUCGUGAGUACAACUCAUACCUCCAAGACCGAAAACCAGUGAAGAAGGUUGGUGCAUUUUGUUGGCUUUCCCUUGCAAUUUGCAUCGUUGAGCUUCUGAUCUGUGUCAAGUUUGGACAAGGUUUAUAUCCAAAGCCGAUGCCGAAAUGGUUGGUAAUUUUCUGGUUGUCCAGUGGAGUGGCUCUUGUUUUAUUUCUUUUUAGUUGGUCUUGGAAACUGCAGCGGAGUUACAGCAGAAAGAGAAAAUAAAUUUGGCAAUGCAGUACCCUAUUCUUUACACUAAUGAUGUGAGUUAUCCCUCGAAGGUUGUAAAUACGUAUCAUUUCAUAAAUUGUAAAUGCUUAUUCUAAGGUAGUGGAUCACAGAUUCAAGUGCAACAUAUUUAUUCUUUGUUGUUCGGAUAGCGAGAAAUGCUUCUAUGCCUAAAGCUCGCAAGUAACAGUUUGCCAUCAUUUAUCAAUGUGGCAAAAUUUUCAGAACUCGUCAGAGUAUGAACUGUUACAGAUUUAGAAGAUUUUCAUGCUGUAUUUCUCAAUUUUCAGAUGCAAUUUAUUUUAUUAGAUUUUGCCGCCAUUUUGCGUUUAAGGGAAAAGAAAAGGGGCAAUUAUUUCUGCUGACUUUUCCAACUUUACAAUCGGAUAUUCUGUCUGGUUAAUAGAAUUGGCAUUAAAAGCAA